UAAGUCAAUGGACAUCUUCUUAGUAAUUGAUGAUCCCAUGGCUCAAAGCAUAUAAUAGUAUGGUAACUAGUACUUCAGUGUCAUGUCCAUUACAUAUUAGUGCAUAGCCCGGAUCACAAAUCUGCCUCCAAAGUCUUACCAUCCCCAAACCCCAGGCAAAGGCCAAGGAAAACAAGCUGUACCUGGGGUGCUUCCAUAGAUCCCCUCCACAUCGCUGAAGCAAAGCAAAGAGCACGCGGUCCAGCCAUGGAAUCGAGCGGUCUGAGGAAGAGAGUAGCCGAUAUGAUGGAUGGGAGCAAGUACAAGCCAAAAGGCUAUGGGAUGGCCAGCGCCGGCCAGAGGCUCCCAUGUGCGCUGCUGCUGCUGCUGGUCCUCGCAGCCGGAGCAUUGAGCGUCGUCGUCAUGCACAAGGUUAGGGAGCAGCGCGCUUUUGCUGUGGUUCUCAAGGAACGUGAUGUGCAGGCCGUCUCCCUACGGAUCCUCCUCCAGAAAGAGAAGGCAUACGGCAAAGAGACGAAGAGGAAGGCGGAAGAAAUGAAGGCCACAAUGUCUUCCCUGAGAACACAGAAGACAGACCUGAAAACAAAGCUCAAGGCACUGGAAGCCACAACCACAAUCCUCAAGAACACGCAAAAAGAACUCGAAGCAUCUCUCAAGGAGAGAGAAAGCCGCAUCAGCCAAAUGGAAGGGAAAGCCGCAAAUCUUCACAGCACCCGGAAAGCACUAGAAACAUCUCUCAAGGAACGAGAGAACCGCAUCAAGCAAAUGCAAGAUAAAGUCACCAGUCUGGAGAAAACUAUGAAAGAACAGGAGCUGUCUCUAAAGGCGAGGGACAGCCGCAUCAGGCAACUGGAAGAGAAAGCCACCGCAGAACCGCAUCCUGACCAGAUGGCAGCUCUCAUGGAAAUCCUGCAGCGGAAGGAAGCCGAGCUCGAGGAGAUCAAGACCAGGUUCCAGGACAACAGGACUACAGACAGAAAGGUCGUAAGUAGAAAGAGCACUCUGGCACGAACGAACCCAACAACACCUGCCGUUGUAGUAGCAGAAAAGGUUACAAACUCCAGCAGGAAUAGUACUAUACGUGCUGGAUCAGAAGAGAAGAGAGCUGGCAACACCACAGUGACAGAAAGUAAACUUCAGAAACCGAAGACCAGAUCUUUAGAAGAAAAGCAAGUGAAGCUCGCAGUCACAGGCAACACACAAGUUGAUGAUUUGCAAGAGCAAGACACCGAUUUCUUAGAUAUGGAUGAUAUUUAUGGAGACAGCCAUGCCAAGAAGUCUGAACUUGCUCGGCGGAACAAGAAGGUUUUGACCGACAGUGAUGUCGAAAACCAAAAGUCAGGGCAUCCCCUGGACCAGCAGGACGGCCAUCAUAUCAGAUACAACAAGCUGCUUGAGAAGGAAAACAUCAAAACAGAUGAAACCAAGAAGAAGAGCAAUACCGUUGGGCACUUGGAAAAGAUCUCCAAAGACAGCUUAAGCGAUGUCAACCUAGAAGGAGCGGUACAAGGGAUGGCUGGUGCUGCUGGUGUGAAGCCCAAGGUGCCUGUAAAUGAUGAUUUGCAGCAAAACAAGAAGCCGAAGAACAAAAAGUCCAAAUCCAAGAAGAAGAUGAUGAUGGAUACUGCAACUGUUAAUGGUGAUGGAGAAGUUGCAAAAGGGAGGUAGGUAGAGACCACAUUGGCCCCCGACUGUUUUGAACCUAAAAAAGGUUACUCUGAUAGAGGACUAGAACAGAACAAAUGCCAUUUCCAUAUGUCGAAAUACAAUCGAGAAUUGAAGGCUGUAAUGUUUUCGAGCAAUUGAUACUCUAAUAUUUUUACACUUUGUCUUGUGUUGACAAAGCAAUUUUGCAGACGGUACAUUAUAAGGUUUGCACAACACUAGACUAAAUUUGUUUUCAAGUGCUGUA